UGUUACACUGAAGUAAGCUUGCUGACGGGUCACUGUUUUUGUCUGCACCAAUAUGUAAGAUACAAGAGCAGAGGUAAGGCUUCUGGAACUGGGACGCUUCUGAACACUUUUAAAGUGUUCGCUGACAGAAAGGGGCCAUUGAAUUAUUAUCUAAACAGGACCAGAAUCAUGGCACCAAUCAGCACAGACCUGGUAGGCUGGGUAGCCAAGGCACAACCAGAGGUUGCAUUCGUCUCCGUGCUCAUCCUCUUCAUCCUCAGCAUUGCCCUCCUCAUUCUCUGCAUAAGCUGUAAAAAACAUUCAUUUGAGUUGGAAGAAAAUGCACCAAAGCAGAAAUCAUCAACACUUGUAAGUGUGGCAAGAAUGGAGGAUGCGAGAGGAGCCAAUCCUGCUUUUAAUGAAAUCACGAAUGGAAUCGAGCCUAUUGACGGUAACAUAGAAAUCUCUCAAGGUGGAGCAGCGUACAGACCCUGGAGAAGUCACACUCUCACUCAUGGUUCAAGCCUUCAAACUCAAAUAAAUGGUGGCAUCGGGACAACAACUGAUGGUUCAGUAACGCUCCAGGGUAUCUGAGCAAGUGUGACUAAAAUGGCAUUGCUGCUGAAGGCAUAACAUCACUCCAGCUAUAACUACAUGUUUGUGAUGGAAAGAAGCCUGCAGAGCGUUCCUCCAUUUUUCCUAUGCAACCAUAAACCUGAAACAGCUCUCACAUUAAACAAAACCCCCCACAAUUUGGAGAUAUCUGUCCAAAGCUUUAUCCUUGAAGAAUCAUGCUGAACCUUACAAAACGGUUCCUGCUUUGUGGAGUUGCCAUUCAUAAGUAUCCAGCACACUUAUUAGACUGGAAGCUCUGAGCUCUUGAUCUGUCCCUCUGUAUUAACCACACAACACUGAAUCUUUAUAUAAUGUUUCAGACAGUGAUGGAUAUUGUCCCUCAGAAAAAUGGCCAGAUAUUUGGGCCACACCUGUCGUGACAGACAGGGAUCACUAUUUGGGUGGUCACCAAGUAAAUGUGAUGAAUGCAAUGGUGAGCAAGAAAAUCAAGUGUUCCAGUGCAAUGAAGUGGAAGCAUCAGCACCAUCACUACCAUAUAGGGAUAACCUAAGGAACUGAAUGGUUUUUACUACAUGCCUUUUUACAAUGAAAUCCAGUAUUGUAAAUUGCUCUGAUGUUAUAUUAUAUUUAAGGGGUGAUAAAUAAACUUAAUCUCUCA